UUAAAGCCCUAAAACACCCGACCCACCGUUGUCUUCAUCUUUCCCAAGUAGUGUAGAGGUAGAGGCAGCCAUAUUUCUAACUUUACUUCCUUCACCGUCCUUUAGAAACAUCCAUGGCCACACGAACGCUUCUUCAGUUCGCCACCAACGUUACCCAGUUACCGUCGUCUUCCUCCUCAAUCUCCACCGGAUGUCCGCUUUCUCCCUUCUUCUUGAAAGCAUGUGACUCACCUAGGGCUCGUGUACGUCGGCGUUCCGCCGUAUGCUGUUCUUUUGCCUCAAUGGAGUCUGCAAAGAUUAAGGUUGUCGGUGUCGGCGGCGGCGGCAACAAUGCCGUUAACCGCAUGAUUGGUAGCGGGUUGCAGGGUGUUGAUUUUUACGCCAUAAACACGGAUUCUCAAGCGCUUUUCCAGUCUGUUGCAGAGAACCCAAUUCAAAUCGGAGAGCUUUUGACUCGUGGACUUGGUACGGGUGGGAAUCCGAUGUUGGGGGAACAGGCUGCAGAGGAAUCAAAGGAAGCAAUUGGAAAUGCUCUCAAGGGAUCAGAUCUUGUGUUCAUAACAGCAGGAAUGGGAGGUGGGACAGGAUCUGGAGCUGCUCCAGUGGUGGCCCAGAUAGCAAAAGAAGCAGGAUAUCUGACCGUUGGUGUUGUAACCUACCCGUUCAGCUUUGAAGGACGCAAAAGAUCAGUCCAGGCAUUGGAAGCUAUUGAGAAGCUGCAAAGGAAUGUGGACACACUUAUAGUCAUCCCAAAUGACCGUUUACUGGAUAUUGCUGAUGAGCAGACACCCCUUCAGGAUGCUUUUCUUCUUGCUGAUGAUGUACUCCGCCAAGGCGUUCAAGGCAUUUCAGAUAUAAUCACGAUACCUGGGCUGGUGAAUGUGGAUUUUGCAGAUGUGAAAGCAGUGAUGAAGGACUCUGGAACUGCAAUGCUUGGUGUGGGAGUUUCCUCUAGUAAAAACCGAGCUGAAGAAGCAGCUGAACAAGCAACACUUGCUCCUCUCAUCGGAUCUUCAAUCCAAUCUGCCACAGGAGUGGUUUACAAUAUCACUGGAGGGAAGGACAUAACUCUUCAAGAAGUCAAUAGGGUGUCUCAGGUUGUAACAAGUCUAGCAGAUCCUUCAGCCAACAUUAUAUUUGGGGCUGUUGUGGAUGAGAGAUAUAAUGGGGAGAUUCAUGUCACGAUUGUUGCCACUGGAUUUGCACAGUCGUUUCAGAAAUCACUCCUGGCUGAUCCUAGAGGAGCAAAACUUGUUGAUAGAAAUCCAGAAUCCACACAACCUUCCAUCUCUCCUAAAUCCUCCUUCACCACACAAAAUCCCACCCCAUCUCGCCCUAGGAAAAUCUUCUUUUGAGUUUUCACUUUCUUAUGUUUCAAAUCAAAUGUUGUUGAUGUUCUUUUUAUUUUUUUUAUUUUGAGGAUGUGUUUUUUACGUGAAUGAAAAGCUCACUUCAAAUGAAAACAGG